GGUCCGGGGUCGCCGGCCGGGGGCGGAGACCCGGAGCGGAGUUGCGCGCGCGUGAGAGACUCCAGCUGCAUGUCUGGGCUCCCCUGGGAGCGCCGCGGGUCCCGGCAAGGGUGCGGGUAGCUCGCGCUCUGCCUUCGCCUGUAGCUGCAAGCGCGAGAACAGAACGCAGGAUGCUCGCGGCCGCGGAAAGCCUCCUGCGCCUCCGCCCGGGGCUCAUCCUCCGCUGCGCCCCAGGCGCCGCUCGAGAGGCCACGCGGUGGCCGGUCGCACCCAUCUGGCCCCGGCAUCUCCCCCGCUGCUCCAGCGGCGGGGUCCCUAGCGAAUCUCGGCCCCAGAGUCCCGCAGCAGGGAAGGUCCACAGGGUCCCCGCCGAGCACAAACCUUCCCAGUUCGACAAGAAAAUCCUGCUGUGGACCGGACGUUUCAAAGCAAUGGAGGACAUCCCGCCUCGGAUCCCUGCUAAACUAAUUUGGUAUAGUAGAUCAAAGCCAAAUGGAUGGGUAAAAAAAUCAGAUCUUUUAGGUUUCAUCUGGAACAAAAGUGAACAACAAAUGCCAGAAAUGAUAGAUGCUGCAAGAAACAAAGCUCGAGUGAAAGCUUGUUACAUAAUGAUUGGACUCACAAUUAUCGCCUGCUUUGCAGUGAUAGCAUCAGCCAAAAGGGCUGUAGAACGACACGAAUCCCUGACAAGUUGGAAUCUGGCAAAGAAAGCAAAGUGGCGUGAAGAAGCUGCAUUGGCUGCACAGGCUAAGGCUAAAUGACGUUCUAAGUGACCAAGUGUUCAUCAGAAUGUCAUCACUAUUAUCUGCAACAAUAAAAGAUAGGUAAAAUAGAAUACUGAACAAAA